AUGUUAACACUUCAUAAACUCAUUAUUAUCCCAAGUCUCAUCAAUCAGUCUCACCUAAAAAACAUAGAAUUUUUCAAAGUUAUAUUAAAAACUCUGUUAUUAUUAAUCAUGGUAAUGCUAUAUCCUAAAAAUAACAUUACUUAUAAGGUAAUUUUAUCAAAAAAGCUUAAUUCUCUCCAAAAAGAUAAUUAAAACAUUGCUACAUAGGUCCCAUUUUAUAAUAAAUUAAAAUCUAUUAGAAAAAUAAAAAAAUUGGUUAAAAUGAUUCAAUUAUCAAACAAAUAACAAGAUGAACUUCAUGAAAUUACUUAAAACUUUCAUUUUGUUUAAAUUAAUAUAUAAUAAUCAUAAAAUUUAUUGACUUAAUAAAAUUAAAAUAAAUGUAUAAACAUUAUAAAUCUCUUUUAUUUUAUUUUAAUUGUUUUGGUGUAAUGA